UUUCCGAUUUUCAGAAGAAGAAAUAUCUCAUUUCGAAACCAAGCUUCGAUCAAAAUGAUGAGAGCCAUUUCUCUCUCACGUCCUAGUCUUCUGAGCCCUCUCUUCCAAACACUAAAUUCUCUCCUAUCGCCAUCAUGCUCCGGCCGGAUCCUCCCGGCGCCGCCGAUAAGGGUUCCGUCGGCGCCGUACUCCAGUGAUUCGACGGCGUACGAGGAUGUUCCGGGCCUUGAAAAUCUCCCAAAGCUGUUCGUGGUUCAGCCCCGUCUCCGUCCGGAGCCCAUUCUGCAGGCCAAGCUCAACGAAGCUCUCUGCCUCGCGAACUCUCUAGAAGAACAGCGUGACGGCGGCUUCGGCGUCGAUUACUCCGACAAGGACGUUCCUAACCACAUUGUCGUUCAAAACCCUUCGGCUAAAGGCCACAAGGCACGCGCUGACACAUAUUUUGGUUUAGGGACAGUGGAAAAUGUUAAAAUCCAGCUAAAUCUUUUGGAAUCAAAGGGUGUGGUGGAUGCUGUUUUUGUAAACACAAUUUUAUCCGGGCAUCAGCAAAGGAAUUUGGAGGCAAGUUUUCUCCUCCAUUUGGUGGGA